GCGGCGGGGCGGCCGCGGGAGGAAGCGGCGGGGCCCGCCUGCCGCGGCCGGGAGCGGCGGGGCCGGGCAGGGGAAGGGGAGCGGGGCCGCGCGGCGCCAUGCCCCGGGACAACAUGGCCUCGCUGAUCCAGCGGGUGGCGCGGCAGGCGCGCAUCACGUUCCGCAGCCCGGCGGCGGCGGGGCCGGCCUUCGGGGAGAACCUGCACCGGCUGCAGCAGCUGCUGGACGAGGUGCGCGCCGAGGACUUGCACUUGGCCCCGCGGGGGCCGGCGCCGGUGUCGGGCGCGGGGUGCCCGCGGGGCGGCGCGGUGCCGCCCGUCAGCUACAUGCACAUCUGCGAGACGGAGAGCUUCAGCAUGGGCGUGUUCCUGCUGCGCAGCGGCGCCUGCAUCCCGCUGCACGACCACCCGGGGAUGAACGGCAUGCUCAAGGUGCUGUACGGCACGCUGCGCAUCGCCUGCAUGGACGCCGUGCCCCCCCCCGCCGCUCCCAACGCCGCCGCCGCCGCCCCCUCGCCGCCGCCCGCCGCCGCCGCCGGCAGCCCGGGGCCGUGCCUGCGGGCCCUGCUGCGCUCCCGCCAGCACUACACGCCCGCCUCGCCGCCCUGCCUGCUGUCGCCGCACAGCGACAACCUGCACCAGAUCGACGCGGUGGAGGGGCCCGCCGCCUUCCUCGACAUCCUGGCGCCGCCCUACGACCCCGAGCACGGCCGGGACUGCCACUACUACCGCCUGCUGGAGGGGCCGCCGCCCGGCUGCGAGCUGCCGCGGGAGGUCUGGCUGCUCGAGACCCCGCCGGCCGCCGACUUCUGGUGCGGGGGCGAGCCCUACCCCGGGCCCCGCGUCUGCCCCUGAGGCGGCCGCGCCGGCCCUCGGGGCCCCCGUGGCCGCUGGGACGGUUGGGACCGUUAGGACCGUUAGGAGCGUUGGGAGCGUUGGGACCGGUGGCGCCCCCCCGGCGCGGCGCGGGCCGGACCCUGAGGGGACCCCGCGGCCGCCCCCCCCUGCGGCCGGCCCGAGGGCGCCGAGCCCCCCGCGGGGCAGGAGGGGGCGCGGCCCCGCUGGUUGCCCCGCGGGAGCUGUGAAGUGAUGGAAGCGGCGCGCGGUCACCUCCCUGCUCGGCUGAGUGCCCGGGGAGCAGUAACGCGGCGCCCCGGCCCGGCCCGGCCCGACCCGUCCCGCGCAAACAGCGGAGGCCACGCGCCUGUGAAGGGGGCACCGGACUGCGGCGGGGAGUGGAUGCAAUAAGAGCCCUGCUCGGAGCGUCCCCGCUGCCCACAGGCACUGGGGCUGCGCGCUGCUGGGCUGCUGGGGACUCCAGAAUGAGUUUCAGUACGAGCUGGACUGAACUAGCAAAAAAAAGCAAAACAAAACAAUACACAAACCAGAACAAUUCUUGAGGCAGGAAAUGCUCCCUAAACACCAAUGGUUCCUGGGGUUGUGGUUAAGUGAACUCCCCCUCCGAAGGGACAACGUCAGGUUCAGAAUUACUUUUUAGCAGUUCGUUGAAGUGCUGUGUGUAAGAUCCAUCUGUCACAACUGAAAUUACAGAGCGUUUCUAUGCAUAUUUCCUUCAGCCAGGAGGAGACUAGUCAGCUGCUAAUUAACCUUGCUUGGAAGUUCUCAUAUGGCAGUGGCCGAGAGUAGCGGAAAACAUGGGCAUCCUUAGAAAAAAACAGACUAUCCACUGUUGCCUCAUGGAACACGUGCUUCGUGGAACACUAGAGACAUUACUUUUUUGCAGAUAACCUACAUAUCCAGCAGUAUGCGUACCCUAGGUUGAGAUAAGAUUUGACCUGAUACCUUCUCUCUAAAACGUGGUCUGUGUUUUUAUAUGGACAAGUGAACACUUUGGGCUUUGGAAGCCUUGCGGUUUCCGUCUUUAUACUAUUUAUAAAGAUUACUUUUUCAUAAGGCUUUUAAAUAAACAUAGCGUAGAAGACACACAGCGAAUUUUGCCUUGCUAUGGUGUAAGCAGCCUUGACAUCCAGUUCGUCCUCGACAGGGGAUGCGCUCUUUCUAACGGGAGAAACUUUUUCUAUAGGUGGCAUACUCCGUUUAUACUGCAGGGAUUGGUCUUGUGCCUGUUUAUCCCUAAAGCACGCUUCGUACCACAAACCCCAGCCAGGGCAGCCUUCACCCUCGCGGUCACAAUGUGGGAAUUUGAAUAAAAAACCACGACUUAACCAACUUCCUAAGUGAUGUACCAACCUGCUCCAGAAACUGUUCCACAACUGGCUUUCAUUUUUCUUUGUGUAUUUAUAAAAGCAGACUUGUUUUUCCUGUGCAGUUGCUUGUAUGUGUGAAUUUUUAAGUGAUUUAAGUGAUGGCAUUGUGGUUUUUUUAACUUUUUUUGGGGGGGAAGGGGAGAGGGACUGAUGAAGAAUGAACACAAAAUACAGUCAGCAUUAUGCAUGCACGUAUUCAUUCUUUUGCAAGGAGAAAUUGGUGGAAAUUAUUUCAGGCAAUUUCCAUUUACUCUUACAGCACUUUAAAGUGUCUGAUAUUUCUGCAGCUGGCUUACCUGUUUUUCCUGGAAUUCCCCUGCAGCGUAGCAUUAGUUAAUGUGCAACAAUUCUCUAUCGAACGUCGUCAUUAACUAUAAUGCAGUGCCUCGCUAGGGCACAGCCUGUGUUUCUCACUUGCUCCAAUGCUACUGAAGAGCAUCAUCCCUUUUCAGAAGCCCACAAAGAAGACAGUGUGCUGCAUGCAAUCAGCUGUACUGGAAAAACAAACUGUGACAGAGUAUUUUGAUUUUGGAUGUUGUCUGCUCUAUCCUCCCCCUUAGGUCUCUCUUUUUUUUAUUUUUGUUUCUAAGUCUUUUUCCAUGUGUAAAAUCUAGCCGAGAUGUUUAAUGGGAUAGGACUUUAAUGCAUCUUUCCAUAGAGGACAGCACGGUCCCUUACAUUGCAGAGUGCUGUUAACAGUCGUGGCAAAAUUUUAUUUUAUUUUUUUAAUAAAGGUGUUAGCAUCAAAGUAUUAAAGUCAUAGUGCCAGGGAAAAUAGCAAAGAAAACCUGAGAUGCAUUAAAGAAAAGCCUCUAUGUAACUUCUUGCUUACUCAGUGAUUGAAAUUUACUUCAUAUGUUCUCGAUAUCUGUAAGCAGAAGGUUUGAGUCUGUAACGCUGUUCCUUCUCUCUGCAAUCUGAUUAUUGUGUUUUCACAACAGCAAAAUCACUGUUAUUGCUGAAUUACAGAAUAAAUACAGGAUAUCUCA